UCCAGCAGCAUUUAUAAACAUGGCCCCUUUACACACCUAAGGGUCAUUGUUUACAUCCAUCCAUACGUGGCAUUUGUGCCUCUAUGUUUCUGCUCCCUGACAGUGAGACAGAGCUUUAAAAGACAGAGAAACAAACAUCACCUUUUUUUCUUUCCACUUCUCCUCGACAGUGUUCACCUUGAAGCCUCCGCACCUGCUCUACAUUGAAGAUCACAUCUAACCGGCCACCUUGUGGAUCUGUAGCAAAAAAAUUAUUCCUGUUUAGAUCUCGUGAAACCAACUGCCACCAUUUCACCUCCAACAGUCAUGUACAGCUCCAGCUACUCCCGGGCCAAGUUUGGCCUGGAGGCCAGAGAGCCCCUGCACAAGCCCAAAGGGAAGAGCUGUGGCUACUACAUGAGGAUCGUCUUCUUCUUCUCUUCUCUGAUCCAGUCUCUCAUCAUCGUCAGCCUGGUGCUCUUCCUCAUCUACGGACAGCCAGAGAAGUCUGCAGAGGAGAGGAGGGUUGAGGAGCUGGAGCAGAACUUCAACAGGCUGAGCGAGAACAACAUCCAGCUGAGGAAGGAGAAAGGCGAGCUGGGAGCUCAGCUGGGAGCUCGCACAGCAGAGAAAGCUGCUCUGGAAGGAGAGCUGGCGAAGCUGAAGACUGACGCCAACAAUACAGAAUAUAGAAUAAAAGAAAAAUUAGCUAACUGUGAGAGAAAUGCAGCAACACUUAGCAUGAUGGCGCGGCGUACCACGACUCCAAUCCAGCCCCCUCCUGUGGUCACUACCAGUGGUGAAAUGAGGACUUUGCAGACCCUCAACGCUCAGCAAAAAGCUAUGAUAAACCUCAUCGAGGCAAACUUCACCCAGACGGUUCACUACCUGAGCCAGGACAGGGACAACGCUCUCAAAGACAGAGACACACAUCACCAAAACGCCAUUGCGCUGCGCAGGGACAACACUAUGCUGAAGGAGCAGCUCACCACCUACACGAGGAAAUGCAAAGAGGACUUUGCUCAGUCUUUGGAUGGAAUCAAAACGGUGACCAGCGAGUUCCUGAAUAAGAUCAACAACCUGUUUCCCCACCAGCUGACCUUUCACCUCACCUGUGACAGCCAGCAGGAGCAGAUGGAGAAGAUCAGAAACAGCUGCACGAACCUGUCAAGAGACGUGGAGAAUAAGUUCCAGCUGUACUUAGACAACGUGGGCAACAAGGUGGCUGAGAUCCAAGCCAAGUCCAGUCGUCUGGAGGUGCAAAAUUCACAGUUGACUUCUGAAGCGCAGGAGUGUGAACGCAAUCGUGGUGAGAUGAUCGCUGAGACUGCCAAGCAGCUACAGCUCAAGCAAAAGACUCAUGACGACCAGGUGGAGAAAUUACUGAUUGAGCAGAACCGACUGAGAGAACAGAAGCAACUGCAGGAAGACAGUUUGGCCCUGAGAGAUAAAGAGCUUCAAACCCUCCAGCGAAUGCUCUCUGCUCAACCCAAUUUUAAGUCUGGUUUUCCUAAAGCUGCUGGCCUAUAGGCAUCUAUUGGAGCACCUGGCAUCAGCAAAACUCCAGCGGUGAGAUGAAAUGAACUAGCAGAGUAAUAACAGACGGUGUAAGUGGUGUGUCACAGUGAUCAACAUUUUGGCUUCAAAAAACUUUCAAAGAACAUUUAUUUGUUCCUGAUAGAACCCACUUCCACAUAACCUGUAAAUACUCUGAGCCCACAUGAAGGACAUAUUUACUGUUGCUGGUCUGUGCAUGCUUUGUUUAGCUCUAUGUGGAAUAGAAGCUUUAUUUGUAUUUUUCUUGUGUUUGAGAGAAAACAUUAACUGUGAAAAGCCUUGGUAUCUCCCAGGGUCAAUGUACAAAUUUCCCUGACAAUGGUGUAAAUAUUUUUAAUUGAGUUUCACUCACCGUGGUUUUUGUAGUUAAGAAUUUAUCUUAAGAAUCUUAUCUUUUUAAUUAAAAUUAAAUUGACCUAAAA